AUGGACAACAGCCACAUCUGCAAGAUCUGCGGGGAGAGCAAGGACCCGACCAAGGCCAGGUUCGAGCACAGGAGGAUAGGCUUGGACGAGCCCCCGGAGCCGGUCUUGUGCAAGUGCAGGGACCCGGACACCAUCUUCAGCUCCAUCAUGGCCAGGGUCAGCUCAGUGACCUCGAUCACCGAGACGGACAGCAGUAUGACGAUGGAGUCGUUGUCGUACCCCAGCCCCAACAUGGUGAUCAUCGAGUCCGUCUCCCCGAUUCCGGUCAAGGAGCUGGAGAUCAGGCUGGACAAGGACCUGGCCGAGCUCAUGUACAUCAAGAUGGACAGAGGCAUGUUCGCGAGCGCGUCCAAGAGGAGGAUCAGGGAGGUGGGCUGCACCUGGUGGACGGGCGUGGGGAAGGACGGGAACGCGAGGGUGAGGAAGAGGUCGAACGGCGAGAUGGUCGUCAAGGUGCCCAAGAUCAAGACCAGGAUCGCGCCCGGGUACACGCUGGCCUACUCGGUCGAGCACGGGUUCAGCGGGAUCAUCAAGGACCCGACCUACAUCGUCGACAUGAAGGAGAUCAGAUACACGAUCGACAUGAAGCACCAGUACACCGACGAGUGGGUGAGGAUCAACAUGAUCGCCAGGAUGUACACCAACGACACCGGGGUCUCGUACGCGGCCGAGUUCGAGAUCGAGGGCAGGGUGACGAACAACAUCAUCAGGAGGGUCAUGGCCAUGUCCGCCAGUAUGGUCGGCCACCCCACCAGGAUGCUGCGGCUCGCGCUGAGCGCGCCCUUAGCCCUGUCACCGAAUCGCGCACCAUUUCUGUCCGUUCUUUGA